AUGUUCAGGCUGUCGUCCGGCCUUCUGAAGGGAGGAGCCUGUGCCUCCCGGUCUCGCAUCCCUCAGCUUGGCCGUUCUCUCUACAGCACUGCCACCUCUGCAGGAGCUGACAAGACUCAGGGAAAAAUUCACACGGUCAUCGGAGCAGUUGUCGAUGUCCAAUUCAACCAUGGCCGGCUUCCACCCAUUCUGAAUGCCCUCGAGACCACCAACCAAGGCAAGAAGCUGGUCCUCGAAGUUGCGCAACAUCUAGGCGAACACACCGUUCGAUGCAUUGCCAUGGACGGUACUGAGGGUCUCGUGCGAGGAACCGCCGUCGCCGACACCGGAAAUCCCAUCAUGGUACCCGUCGGACCGGCCACUCUGGGUCGCAUCAUGAACGUCACGGGUGAUCCCAUCGACGAAAGAGGCCCCAUUGAAGGUGUUCGUCUGAUGCCCAUUCACACCGAACCUCCUGCGUACACCGAGCAGUCGACUCAUGCGGAGAUCCUGGUCACCGGUAUCAAAGUGGUCGACCUCCUGGCUCCCUACGCUCGUGGUGGCAAGAUCGGUUUGUUUGGAGGUGCUGGCAACAACAUCGCGAAAGCCCACGGUGGAUACUCAGUGUUUACCGGCGUUGGAGAGAGAACCCGUGAGGGCAACGACCUGUACCAUGAGAUGCAAGAGACGGGUGUGAUCAAGCUUGAUGGCGAUUCCAAGGUGGCGCUGGUUUUCGGCCAGAUGAAUGAGCCUCCUGGUGCCCGUGCUCGCGUUGCUCUCACCGGCUUGACCAUUGCUGAAUAUUUCCGUGACGAAGGCCAGGAUGUCCUGCUUUUCAUCGACAACAUCUUCCGCUUCACCCAGGCUGGAUCCGAAGUCUCUGCACUCCUUGGCCGGAUUCCUUCUGCAGUGGGAUACCAGCCCACACUCGCGGUCGACAUGGGAGCCAUGCAGGAGCGUAUCACCACGACCACCAAGGGCUCUAUUACCUCCGUGCAGGCCGUGUACGUGCCCGCUGACGAUCUGACUGAUCCUGCCCCCGCAACGACCUUCAUCCACUUGGAUGCCACGACCGAACUGUCCCGUGGUAUCUCUGAGCUGGGUAUAUACCCUGCUGUAGACCCGCUGGGAUCGAAGUCUCGGCUCAUGGACCCACGUAUCGUCGGCGAGGAGCACUAUGAUACUGCGAUGCGCGUGCAACGCACCCUCCAGGAGUACAAGUCGCUGCAGGAUAUUAUCGCCAUUCUCGCUGGUGUCGCUUGA